AUGCUAGCACAAUCAAGUGUAAAAUCAACGCCCCUGCUCGUUGAAAAGGGACUCACCUGUUAUGUGGAUACAGGUGGAGUCAUAAAGCCUAGCGCAAUGCUAGCACAAUCAAGUGUAAAAUCAACGCCCCUGCUCGUUGAAAAGGGACUCACCUGUUAUGUGGAUACAGGUGGAGUCAUAAAGCCUAGCGCAAUGCUAGCACAAAAACAAUCAUGUAGAAAAUCAACGCCCCUGCUCGUUGAAAAGGAACCCACCUGUUACGUGGAUACAGGUGGAGUCAUAAAGCCUAGCGCAAUGCUAGCACACGAACAAUCAAGGAAGGAAAAGUGCUCGAACGAGGAGCUAAACCAACUUUUUCAAAUAUUCUUCCAAGGGGAUGAACCAGAUGCCAGAGAGAACAUCUGCCCAACGGAAAAUGAAGUGGAGCAACACUUCAGGGAGACUUAUCGAAUCAAUUCAAAUGGAAAAUUCGUGGUGCAAGUCCCAUGGACAAGGGAGCUCUCAUGCUUGGGGGACUCAUAUACGCAAGCGCACCGACGACUGCUAUCUCUAGAGCGACGACUCGCUCGGAAUCUGGAAACGAAGCUAGAGUACGACAAGUUUAUGAAGGAGUACUUGGAGCUAGACCACAUGGAGCUGGUCAAAAACAAGGACCAAUGCAAGGUCAGAUACUACAUACCACAUUCGUGCGUGGUAAAGCCCGACUCAACGUCAACUAAGUUGAGGGUAGUUUUUGACGCCAGCGCUAAGACCAACACGGGUAUGGCGCUGAAUGACAUCCAGGCAGUUGGGCCGGUUAUACAACGAGACCAGUUCGACCUGUCUCUAGACUUCCGCGGAGAAGAUUACGUUCUCAGUGCAGACAUCACCAAGAUGUACAGGCAGAUUCUGCCACACGAGGAUGACACCUGGGCUCAGUGUAUCCUAUAUAGGUUUACCCCACAGGAAAAGGUUCAAACCUACAGACUCAAGACGGUCACAUACGGUGAAGCGUCUUCCUCCUUCCUGGCCUGCCGCGCGUUGCACCAGGUGGGAGAGGAAAUGAAAGCGGUCAAUCCGCAAAUUGCCAACAUUAUACAACAAUGCUUCUACGUGGACAACCUCAUGGUGGGAGCAGCAACCGUAGAAGAGCUCAAAGAAAUAAAGGAAAAGCUAGAAAGGGCGCUUUUGAACAGAGGUUUUCCAUUAAGAAAAUGGGCAUCGAACAACGAAAGGAUAUUGGAUGGGGUCUCAGCAGAGGAUCGCGAACAAACUAUCCAAAUUGGAGAUCGCGAAGCGAUCAAAACACUCGGCUUACAUUGGUCGCCGAAACACGAUACCUUCACCUUCAAAGCGGAAGGUUUCAAAGAAGAGUUCAAAACUAUGACUAAAAGGGGCUUGGCCUCGGAAAUCCUUCGCCUUUACGACCCGCUGGGGUUGAUACAACCCGUAAUCGUGUCAGCCAAGAUCCUGCUUCAACAGUUAUGGAAGCAUCAGUUAAACUGGGAUGACGAAAUCCCCCACGAAAUCACAUCGGCUUGGCAAAACAUCAAGAAAGAAUUGCCAAAAUUGCAGGAAAUGGAAUUUCCUAGAAGGGCGGUUCCGAGCAAACCGCAUUAUCUAGAGCUCCACGGCUUUUCGGACGCCUCAACCAAGGCUUAUGGAGCAUGCAUCUACAUGCGCCACAUCGACUCAGAAGGAAACAUUACCACGAACUUGCUUUGUGCAAAAUCUCGAGUGGCGCCACUAAAGGAGAUAUCGCUACCUCGACUCGAACUCAAAGGAGCACUGCUUAUGGCAGAGCUGGGUCAUCGUGCCAAGAAACUUUUCGGAGAACGUAUAUCCAAAGAGUAUUAUUGGAGUGACUCACAAGUUGUAAUCGCGUGGAUACACGGAUCGCCAGAUCGUUGGAAGCAGUUUGUGAAAAACAGGGUAAUCGCAAUUCUGCAGCACACUACACCAAAGCAAUGGGGAUAUGUGCCGUCGGAGAUAAAUCCUGCAGACAUGAUCUCUCGAGGAAUCACAACGCGCCUGCUCGUUGAAAAGAAAGGAAAAUUCUGGACACAUGGUCCGGAAUUCUUAGGACGCCAUACUAAUUGGCCCAAUACUCCAGAGUAUCACACCAAUGAGGAACAAACUAAAAAGAUAAGCAUCUUCAUGGCAAUGCCAGAAAUACAUGAAGACUUCAUUCUUGCGUAUAAAUACCACAAUUCGUUUGAAAAAACCCGACGGCAUUUUGCAUGGCUGCGUAGAGCCAUGGACAAUUUUUUACCUAUGAGACUGCGAGCAAGCAGCAUAGCAAAUAAAGGACCUCUCUCUCCAGCUGAAUUGGAAGAAGGCAUGAAACUCAUCGUGCGGACUAUGCAGCAAAAGGCGUAUUCCGUUGAAAUUGAAGCACUAAGAAAGGGUGCAGAGAUACCCAAAGGACCUUUUCAACACGUUAACCUAACACUGAGAGAAGGAUUACUACACGUUACCGGAAGACUAUGUAUGGCUGACGUGCCAUUCACACAUAAGAACCCAAUCAUGAUCCCGAAAACUCAUCCAUUUUCGAAAACAAUCAUAUCACACAUACACGAGAAGAACUUCCACUGCGGACUCGAGCUAGUCAUAAGCGAAUUUCGUCGCACUUACUGGAUGCAGAAUCUUAGAAAAAUUAUCCAAGGCGUUCUAAGCAAAUGCGUAAAGUGCAACAGAAUGAGGCCAAGGAAAACACAGCAACACAUGGGCCAAUUGCCAUUAGCAAGGGUGAACCCCUCGUCAGCAUUCACUCACACGGGAGUGGAUCUCUGCGGACCUUUCGAGGUAUUACUCAACUACAGGACGAAAUCGAAGACGGCAGCAUACGCCUGCAUUUUCAUAUGCUUCUCAACGAAAGCAGUGCACAUAGAAGUAGUCGAAAACCAAUCGUCAAGUGCAUUCAUCGCCGCACUCAUAAGAUUCACCACUGUCCGAGGAACACCGCAAAAAAUAUACUCUGAUAAUGGGCGCAAUUUCGUGGGCGCAAGCAGAGAACUUGCUGAAUUGCGGAAAGUCUACAACAAUCAAAUAUUUCAAGACAAGCUUGUUGGGUUGAUUGCAGAGCGAGGAAUAGAAUUUUCAUUCAUUCCUCCAAGAAGUCCUAACUUCGGAGGGCUCUGGGAGUCAAACAUAAAAACUGCCAAACGCCUGUUCACGGGAGCAGGACGAGGAGCACACUUCAACUUGUUAGAGCUCCAAACACUCUUCUACCAGAUCGCUGCUAUAAUGAAUAGCAGGCCCUUAACGGCAACACAAACUCAACCAGGCUCGGUAGAACCACUGACGCCGGGCCAUUUUUUGAUUGGAAGACCAAUGACUGCAUUACCAAUCCCCAAACAGAAAAUUAGUGGAAGUAACUUGGAAGUGCGCUGGAAACGUGUUCAGACGCAACUCGAUCAAUUUUGGGACAGAUGGAAGAACGAAUACCUCCAUGAGCUGCGCAACUACGCAAAAUGGACAAAAAGGAACCCCAACGUCAAGGUCGGGCAGAUUGUACUCAUAGGAGAUGACAACAUCCCGACUGCAAAGUGGCCUAUGGGCAUUGUAACGCAAACGUUCACUGGAAUAGACGGAGCUGUACGUGUAGCAACGAUACGCACGGUUUCAGGCACCUACACGCGCAAUAUACGAGUCUUGGCACCACUGCCCAUCGAAACAACUGAAUCAGCAAUCAAUGAUACAGCUACAACAGAAGUCAUCAAGGAAGCAAGCAAUGAGCCAACAGAAAUGCCACAACUAAAUGCAACAGAGCAAGUAAGAGCAGCUGAGUUUGAAGAGGAUCCACCCCCAAGGUCUACUGACUCGAUUUGGGGCGGCAGACUGCGCCCCAAAGGGGGGAGAAAAAUGGAAGUUUCAUAA